AUGAGACCCACCUCGCUCUUCGCCUAUCCCGCUGCCACCAUCUGCCUCAUCUUCGCUGCCUCCGCGACACCCCGACCUCUCAGCGAUAUAAUCAAAGCAUUCGACAUUCACCAGUUGCCUCUACUUCACAACCCUCUCGCCGAUAUGCCAGCCGACGAAACUGUCUCCACCGGCGUUAUUAUAUCCGAUGUAAUCGGAAAGACCCAAGCCAUCGCCAUCUUUUCGGGUCUCACACGCGACAUCGACCCUGUGUCUGGCCGGUUAGACGAUGCGUCGCAAAACGCAACCGUCCUAGCGCCCGACAACAGCGCCAUGAAGAAACUGGAAAGAAAGCCAUGGGAAGAUGCUGAGGACUACGAUACAUUCGGGGCGGAGGCGUACAAAGGGCAGGACGGAGAAGAUCGCGCGCACAAGAACCUACGGAGAUUUGUGGAGAGGCACAUUGUACCCGAGAGCCCAUGGGCAGAGGGUAAAAAAGUGAAGACACUAAGCGGUAAUGAAGUCUGGUGGGAAACCAAGGAUGGAAAGAAAAAGACACUGAUCUAUUUCAGGACGUCCCUAAACAACGAAUCCUCCUCGCAGCAGAACGAAUUCACCACUGACCCGCAUGACUCCCGCAUCCACUACAUCACAACGAAGCCCCUCAAGCCCUCGACAACUUACAUGCCUGCCGGACUCAGCGACUCUACGACCUCCACCAAACAGCUCGGCAUCGGCGAGCGCGCCAUUUUUCUACAAACCGAAUCCGGCAACGUCCUGUGGGAUCUGGUAGCCUGGCUCGACGACGGAACUGUCGACUUCAUCAAGAGCAAAGGCGGGCUGAAAGCCAUCGUCAUCAGCCAUCCGCACUUUUGGACGACGCAUUUGGAGUGGGCACGGGUUUUUGAAUGUCCAGUAUAUUUACAGGAGGCGGACAAGGAAUGGCUACAACGUAAAGACGCGCACGGCGUUCGCAAGUUCAUCUCAGGCGCCACCACCAUUCUUCCCGACGUAACCUCCAUCCAAGCCGGCGGCCACUUCGACGGCUCCUCGUUCCUGCACUGGGACAGCAAACUCUUCAUCGCGGACACAAUGAUGAGUGUGCCCUCGGGGUUCUACCACAAAGACCGUCUCCCAGGUACUACGUCGUUCUCCUUCAUGUGGGCGUACCCGAAUAUGAUUCCGCUGCCGCCGAGCAAGGUGCAUGGGAUUUGGAAGAGUAUUAAGGGGUAUGAGUUUGAGAGUACGUAUGGUGGGUUUAUGGGGCAGAAUGUGACGAGACCGGAUUUGAAGGCACAAGUGCUACAGAGCGCAAAGAUCUUCUUGGAGAGAGGCGGACAUGAGAAUGCAGCUAUUUACGAGGAGACUUUGUAG